AUGCCCAACCAAAUGAAAGCUUGUGGAAAAGCAGAAAGCAUGAAAGGAAACUCAGAAGACAGAUCAUCUCAAAGCAGUGCUGAACUGGAAACAGUGGAAGCUGCUGGAGGAGUUAAGCAGAGUUCUGGAGUAAAUCGCAAAUCAACCAACAGUGGUCUCAAUCAAACAAGUAGUGCCAGUCAGCGCCGGUCUGGGGCACGAUUUCCAGCUGAGAGCCAGGCCACUAGGAAUGAUCCUGGUGCUCCCGAUGACCAGUCCGGCACUAAUGUCAGUGCAGCAGAAAGUGAAGAAGCAGAGAACCAUACAGAAGAUGAAACCAUCUACAUACGUAUCCCAGUCACAGUAAUGUUUGGCAGUGAACCAGGAGAUGUAGUUAAACCUGUCCAAUCUCCCAAUAAAUUAAUAAAUGGAUUUCCAUCUAAUACUGAUAUAAGAAAAAGAAAAUCUUACGUCAUGUCAUUUGACAAUGAAACCAAUAAUGCUAAAUGGGUGUAUGAGAUACUGAACAGUGAUUCUUUAGUGGACAACUGUAGAAAGCUAAAGCCAUUUGAAAAUGACUAUCACAAAGGUCAUCUUGCUGCAGCUGCCAAUCACAGGUGGUGUCGGGAAGCAAAUCAUGACACUAAUUUGUUCAGCAACAUUAUACCACAGCAUAAGAAAUUAAAUCAGGGCAUGUGGAAGAAAUUGGAGAAUCGCUGUCGAAAGAUACAGCAAAAAAAAAUGGAAUGCAAUGUCCAUGUGUACACUGGACCACUUUACCUGAGAGAAAAAAACGAUGCGUGUUUUCGUGUGCGUAAAUUUCGUGAAAUGAACCGUAUGGGAGGGAAAGUAAUCCCAACUCACCUCUUUAAGGUGAUCAUUGUGGAGAAUAAGAAUGGGACAGUAGAAGAGCCAGAAUGCUAUGUGAUGCCCAAUGAGGAACCAGAACAUGAAAACUUGACUGACUACAAUUGGGACAUUAAAAAUAUCGAGGCGGCCUCUGGGCUGACCUUCAUACAACACCGUCCCAAUGCAAACAUGAGAGACCAUAUGAAGACGGUGACACUGCAGGGCGAAGGUGGAAAUGGAGAGUCACAUACUGUUAAUAUUUAUGUCAGGAUAAGCUCAUAAUUUAUACUGAAAAUAAGCUCAUUACUCAUAAUGAUGCUGACAUGUGUG